AACUUAGGGCCAAAAUAGGCAACUUAAAAGAAAGGUGUAGCCAUCUUGCAUACGGAGGUGCAGCUAUUGCCUCUGAGUCUGACGCCUGGGAUUUUGGUUCCUCCCUCUCUGCUUUGUGAUGGUAUAUGAGUGUUUUUUUCAUUUUGAUGGAGUUUCAUGUCUUGUAGGAGAAUUUCUUUUUUGGGGUGAGGUAAAGGUCCAUGCAGAGCCUGUAGAAGAAGAUGCCUUAUGGUGAAAUUGAAGCUAAGUUCUUGGGACCUGGAAAAGAACUAACAAAUGAACCAUGCUAUAAAAAAUUGAAGUCAGCCACAAAAGCUUAUAUUUUCCCACAUCGUAGCAGUGCUGAUUUUCUUCAGGAGAACAAAACCCAAACUACAGAUUUGCAGAAACCUUUGCGUAAUGAGAUGCCUUGUAAUAGACUAGAUGUUAUUGAAUCUAUUGGUUCACAAAUUUUACAGCAUGGAAAAUCUCCAUUAGUAUCAACAGAUGAUGAAAUAUAUAGUACAAGUAAAGCAUUUAUAGGACCCAUUUACAAACCCCCAGAGAAAAAGAAAUGUAAUGAAAGAAGGAAUGAGACAGACACUCACGAUGAUACAAAUGGCAAAGGAAGACAAGAAAAGAAAUGGAAAUUUUACACCAAAAAAUUAGAGAUUGACACUGAAUUAUCACAGUUUUACAAAGAAAUUGAAGAACUCGAAAAUGAAAAAGAUAAUUCAGAAGUCAGUUGUAAGGAAUCUGAACCAUCUCAGGAACAACUUCUUCUGUAUUAUGAGGGCUAUAAUAAUGAUGUCUUAAGAUCUGAUGAAGCAACUAAAGAUCUUAAUAGUGCUCUUCAGUCACAUUGUGGUUAUCAACAGUACUUGGGCAAUGAGCCAGGCAAAUAUACCUAUGAUGGACAAGUGAUACCUACAUUUUGUGAUACUUCAUUUACUUCCUUCAGGCCUGAAUGGGAAUCAGUGCAUCCUUUCAUAGUGCCCCAUGGUCCUCCUCUUCCCAGUUUUAACUAUCAUUUAAAUAUUCAAAGAUUUAGUGCUCCACCAAAUCCAUCACCAAGUAUUUUCCAUGCUCAAGAUGACUAUCAGAUUCAAAAUGGGUAUGAUGUAAAUAGUUGUCAUGUUUACUGGAAUUGUUUGACUUUUGAUCAGAAUAAUGAACAUACUGACUGUGGUGAGAAUAGCAGUAGUCUUCAUCCCCCUAGAAAUGGCUAUAGUGUGCAAGAUGGAUAUGUGAGUAACGGUUUAUGUGAAAUCAGAGAAAGAAGCUGGAAAGAGCCUCCUAUGGACAAGCAUAAUGGAAUGGACAGGUUUGUGAACCAGCAGUUUCAAAAAGAAAAGUUAAAUAAAUUGCAGAAAUUACUUGUUCUCUUAAGAGGUCUGCCUGGUUCUGGGAAAACAACAUUGUCUAGAAUUCUGCUUGGUCAGAGUUGUGAUGGCAUUGUGUUCAGCACUGAUGACUAUUUUCACCAUCAAGAUGGGUACAGGUAUAAUGUUAAUCAGCUUGGUGAUGCUCAUGACUGGAACCAGAGCAGAGCAAAACAAGCUGUUGAUCAGGGGAGGUCUCCAGUUAUAAUAGACAACACUAAUACACAAGCUUGGGAAAUGAAACCGUAUGUGGAAAUGGCACUAGGAAAAGGAUACAGAGUAGAGUUUCAUGAACCUGAAACUUGGUGGAAAUUUGAUCCUGAAGAAUUAGAAAACAGGAAUAAACAUGGUGUGUCUAGAAGGAAGAUUGCUCAGAUGUUGGAUCGUUAUGAAUAUCAAAUGUCCAUCUCUGUUGUAAUGAAUUCAGUGGAAACCAACACAGAAAAGCACACAAAGACUCCCUCCUCCACAGGGAAGCCAGAGGUGGGGAGGCUCUGUAGGCUCACAUAAUCAAGUCUGUGUUACAAAUAAUCGUUAAGUUGGCUAUUUUCAGCUAACAUUUGUUGCUUGUUCUUGAAAAAUAUAGUGAGCCUGUCUCAAAGUUUAGUUUCAAAUAAAAACGACUACGUUGCCUAACUAAGGAUGUUCCCAGCAAGUUGUUUAAAUUUUAAAGUACAAAUAAGAUUAUAU